GUUUGAGUUCGCCAGCAGCUCCGGGAUCCAUUUCCCCACCCGCUCCAGCUCGUCAAUUCAGUUCCUUGGGCGCUCGGUGUGGGACCCCGGCUCGCUGCCUGGCAACUCUUGGGACGUGCUGAGUCCUUGAGGUCCCUGCCCCGGGUGUUCCCAUGGCGACGCAAUGGCAGCUCUGUGUGUGCAGCCUGGGGAUCCUCCUCCUGGCGCCUUGUGCUCUCGCUGCUGUGGCUCCAGUGUUCAUUGAUGUGCUGGGCCCUCGGGGCCAGGGGAUCGGGCUGACCUGUCGAUCUGCAGGCUGGUUCCCCAAACCCGAACUCCAGUGGGUUGGAAAGAAUCAGCAGAACCUGGCAACGGAGACUGUGACUGACGUGACUCAGGACAGGGAGAACCUGUACAGUGUUGUGAGUCAUGUCACAGUCACAGCAGAAGACAAUGGAGACAUCAUCUGCAUCGUGAGGAAUGGCCAGGUGGAGACGGAGCAACAAUCAGCCAUUCGCCUGUCCAGUGACAUCUUCCCCCAGGUGUCUCCCUGGCUGGCUGCAUUCUGGGCAUUGUUCACUGUGGUUCUCAUCGCUGCUGGAGCUUAUGCAUACCGUGAAUACACAGCAAAACAAAAGGCACCUCAGAAGAAACGUGCUGAAGAGGAGGCUCUGUUAUCUUCUGAGUCUGAGAAGGAAGCCUUGGAAAAAGAACGCCAGGUGCUGCGUGAAAAGAUCGACAGGUCUGUCAGAGAGCGAGGUUUCAGACGAGCUCGGAGCUAUAUGGUUCCCGUCACCCUGGAUCGAAGCUGUACACACACCCGACUCCUCAUCUCUGUGGGAAGGGAGGGGUUUCCUGAUCAGGGAACAGGGGCUCGCAGGUGGUACUGGGAAGUGGAGGUGGGGGACAGCCCAGAAUGGGAGCUGGGGGUGCUGAGUAAGACUGUGAGAGAGAAAGUGAGAAAUCAGAGUCUGGAGAGUUUCCUUGAGGAGGGGUGCUGGUCUAUGGGGAGAGCAAUGGGGCAGUUUCACCCCAGCGAGGCUGACACUGUGAUCCAGAGCUGGGCUGUGAAGCCGACAGUGGUUGGGGUGUUUCUGGAUCUAGAAGGGGGGAAUCUCUCAUUUUACAGUGUCAAUUCAAUGGCCCUGAUCCUGGAGAUUCCUGUGGGAGGUUUGGAGACAUUGUUCCCGUUCCUCAGCCCUGGUCCCACUGUAGGACAGCACCAGGGGAAACCCCUCAGCAUCUGCCCCCCUAGUGGCUGGGAUUUCCCCCAGACAUUAGGAGUCAGUGGGUCUGUUGUUCAGGGAGAUUCCACAGCCCCUGCAUAGUCGCAUGUCCCUAAGUGUGGGGAAGGGGCAGAAAAUGACACAGGGCCACUUGGAACCGAAGAAACAGCCCCAUUGUAUCACCCUGGCCCCGGAAACAAGCCAAUGAAUGAAAACAGCGCAAGGCUAUCUGUGAGAGAAAGUUUCCAAAAGCUCCUGCCCACAAAAUGGCUCCUAAAGAAGAGUCAGGGGGAUCAAACAGAGCUAAAGCAUCCACCACUGGAAACACCUCCAAAGAGAAGGGUGGAAAGAAGCAGCAAAACCUCCAGGUUUGAGCCUUCUCUCCCCCACCAAACUCUCCUGCGGGUGUGUGAGAAAGAUGCUCAGAACUUGACUCCAGAAGGGAUAAAGACUCUCCUUCCAGGGACAGAGGGCCAAAGACUGCACUGGGGCAUUCAGAGUCAAACACCGACAGCUGAGAAAGAACCUCGUCCAAAGGAAAUGGACCUCGUCCAAUUGGCGACACAUCAGAAAUGUCCUCCUCCCUGGACUCCAAGGAGAACCACGGCCAUGUGUGAUAAUGCUCUAAUCCAGGGCGACUCAGUUCAUGGCCCUUUUCUUUGCAACCCGUGGCACAGUUGGGUUUAUGUGGGUCUCAACAGGCAGCUGGUGGGUGAGAUCCUUUGCGCAUGGCCUCCACUGGGAACAUGCUCCACAAUGGCAAAGUGUCUCCCAGGCGGGGUGAGCACUGAAAGAUGCAAGCGGACAAGCUGGCUGAACAGACGGGCACAGGGGGUUGGCAUUUCUAGUUCCCAGGGAGGAGAUACCGGGAGCGCCAGGGUGCCUGUCAGUAUGAAAGAAGCUAUUUCCAUAUAUUUGCAUGUAUAUGCAACCACAUAUAAGUUACAACCCUC